AUGAACUGGACCAAACGGAUCGUACUGUCGGAGAUUUCCAAAAUCUUCGAUCCAGCUGGAUUUCUUGGACCCGUCAUUACAACAUGCAAGCUAGUGAUGCAGAACAUCUGGCGUCAAGGUCUACCCUGGGACGAACUACUGCCAGACGAGCUUUCACAAGAGUGGAGGCUUAUUUGUGAACAACUACCAGCAAUCAACGAGAUGAAGAAGAAGCGAUGCUUGAUUUCCCGAGAUGCAGCAUCCAUCCAACUCCACGGUUUCUCGGACGCAUCGAUGCGAGCAUACGGCGGCGUGCUAUACAUCCGAAGUGUCGACAAGGACGGCACUAUCAACGUGAAUCUCGUUGCCAGCAAAUCACGUGUGGCACCACUUAAGUCGCAGACAAUUCCCAAGCUAGAGAUGUGCGGUGCUAAGUUGCUGACGGAGCUCACCCAUAAGGUAGUAUCAUCCAUGCAAGUUCCUUUCGACGACGUGAUUUUGCACUGCGACUCCAAAAUUGUUUUGUGCUGGCUCAAAAAGUCGCCGCUGGCACUGAAGCAAUUCGUAUCCAACCGAGUGGCCACAACGGUGGAACUCACGCGAGGGUACCAAUGGAGGUACAUCCCAACCGAUCACAAUCCAGCUGAUGUCGUCUCAAGAGGCGCGCUGCCAGAGGAUCUACUGCAUAACGAACUGUGGUGGAAUGGCGCACCAGAGCUGUGGGAACCGCAGCUUCCACAGGACUCGUCGGAACCGCUCGAUGAAUCAGAGCUUCCAGAAGUCAAGGCGGCAACAGUGUUGGCAGUCGCCAAACCGAAAUCGUCAAUCAAUCUGACCAGAUGCAGCGAUUAUCAUAAACUGCAGAGAGCGUGGGUGUACGUCCAGCGUUACAUCAAUCUGGCGGUGCACAAAUUGCCUGAUACUUCCAAUAUCACUGCGGACGAAAUGGCUCGGUCGGAGAAACACAUCCUAUUCGUGCUCCAGCGACAGGAAUUUGCCGACUUGUUCAAGUUGCUGAAGGAAGGGUCUACCAAGCGACAUCCUUUGUCCAAUUUGGCGCCUUUUGUGGGAGACGACGGGUUAAUUAGAGUUGGAGGACGUCUAAAAUAUUCCGUUAUCCCCUACGAAGGUAAGCAUCAGGUGCUACUACCGGAACGACAUCAUGUGACGACGAUCCUGAUACGAAAGCUUCACGAAGAGCAUUUCCACGUUGGCCAAAACGGACUGCUGGCCAUCGUUCGUGAGCGGUACUGGCCGGUGCGAGCAAAAUCGGUGAUAAAGCGGGUCAUCUCGAAAUGCCAAAACUGUGCGAAGCAACAUCCAAGACCUGGUAGUCAGUUCAUGGGGAACCUACCGGAAUCACGAGUGAACCCGUCACCACCAUUCUCCAAGGUAGGCAUCGACUAUGCUGGGCCAUUCAUGCUGAAAACAGGAGGAAGAGGAUCAAGAUUAGCGAAGGCAUACGUGGUUGUUUUUGUUUGUAUGGUGGUAAAAGCAAUCCACUUUGAGCUGGUAUCGAACCUUUCAACGGAGAACUUCAUCGCUGCGCUGCAGCGAUUUUCGAGCCGUCGUGGGCUGCCAACUGACAUCCAUUCAGACAACGGCACUUGCUUCGUGGGGGCCAACCACGAGCUUGCUGCAUUAAGAGAGCUCUUCAACGAUCAACAACACCAACAAAAACUGGACGAGUUCUGCAGCCUCAAAGGUAUCACGUGGCACUUCAUUCCUCCGAGGAGCCCUCACUUCGGGGGGAUUUGGGAAGCAGGAGUGAAGUCGUUGAAGCACCAUAUGAAGCGAGUCGUUGGAGAGACUAAACUCACAUACGAGGAGAUGACAACAUUCCUGUCCCAGACGGAGGCCAUCCUAAACUCGCGGCCUUUGUGUCCAAUGUCCGAUGAUCCUAACGACAUGGCUGUGCUUACGCCAUCACAUUUUUUGAUCAACCGGUCUGCUGUUGCUCUCCCGGAGCCGUCAUACGAUGAUGUGAAAGUGGGACGUCUCAGCAGAUGGCAGCACGUUCAAGCUAUGCAACAACACCUAUGGAGAAGGUGGUCCAGGGAGUAUCUCCACCAUCUGCAAGGUCGUCAGAAGUGGCACGAUGGAGUAAAGGACUUCAAGAUCGGCGCGUAG